GGGAGGCGGCGUCCCUCCCGCGCCUGUACAGAACAGGCGGGCAAACCUGUGUGAUACACGCCACCGCCGCACAUCGAUUGCCUCUGACAGUCCCCCCCCCCCAGUUCCUUCGCAGCAGCUUUGCGUGGCCCCGGAGAGGGAUGUUUCCCCACACAGACCCAGCCCUCCUAGGUCCUCUCUGAGGGAGAGACACACAGGAAGAACCAGGAUCUCUAGGCUGCACAAACAAGAAACGUAGGAGGAGUCCAUCUAAGCAAAGGGACUGGAAGGAUUUCACCUUGUUGCUGCUUGUUUCAGACGAUUUCCCCCUCUUCCUCCUUGAACCGCCCCAGCUGAGGGUUUCUUUGUUGCUUCCACAACCGACCAGAAGCAAAUCCUUUGCAUGUUUUUGGAGCUGCGUUUUACUGCGGUUCCUUUGCAAGAAACAGACCAGCACCUUCCCGGUAGGAGGGAAAUCUGAUCAACUCUGAGGCUUUCCCCACCUCUGGUGGAGUGUGAGAGUUCGAGCGACACCCUCACUGGCCUGUAGCUGACUUCAGGUCUAUUCGGAAUCACAGCUAGGGCUGCUAAAUUUACGUGGUCGAGGACCCUUCAAGCCUGCCUAUUGACGACAGAUUUGUAGCUAAAGGAAAAUCGGAUUAAUAUAAUUGUGAAGCUCCGGAGGGGCGGGAGGGAUAUCUGGAGACUGCCCUGUCUGCAUGGCUAAUCUUGAAAUUGUCUGAAAUAAAUCCUUAGUGCAAGGAAUAGAGCGAUAUUUCCCCAUGGUUUUAGGUUUAUUUAACACUUCUGUAGCUGGGGUUCACGGGGACGGGGCACAUAUGGAAAACUAACCUGCUCCAUAAUAAUCAGAAGUGGGAAUAGUUUCCGUCAUCUUUGCGGUAUGAAAGGUGCUGUUUGCUGGUGGCUCUCUAGAUGGAUCAGUCGCUUUCUGGAUUUGCUAGCGAUCUGACGAAGGAUCCAGAUUUAUUGGAAUACUAACGCCAAUAAACUUACUCUCUCAGCGUUGAAGGCAUUGGAUGUGACAGUGCAGAGAAACAUGUGUUUUACAUUUCUGCCUGCUUGUUUUGGUGCAAUCAAUACCUCCACAAGAUACAUUGAUUUAGAUGGCGAUUAUAAUACAGUCAUGCACUCGGCGUGCUGCCUUAGGGUUGCAUGCAAAGUGAGCACAAAUCACCGAGUCCUCCGCUCCUAUAAACCGAGGGUUUCUGUUCCCUCAAAACUUCAGGGUGAAAGCAAAGGGCGAUGUCCCCAACCCACCAAAGAGAAUCCAGCCUCGGGGUGUGGAGCGAUCAAUGACCAAAGAGCUGACAAAACUGUCAGGCAGUCGAAUAGAUUGGGGAUCCGUGAAGAAAUAAUGGUUGGAAGAAAGGCGGAUCGAGAAAUUAUUGCACGAAGGAAUAGCUGGAGAGACCGGAUGAUGAUAAAGUUUAACUUCUGUUUCUUCUGUCGCGGAUGGUGGGCGUUUCUGUUGCUUCAGCUCCACAUGUUGCAAGCCUUGGCACAAGAUGAUGUUCCACCCUACUUCAAGACUGAGCCUGGUUUGCCCCAGAUCCAUCUAGAGGGGAAUCGUCUUGUACUUACAUGCCUUGCAGAAGGCAGCUGGCCUUUGGAAUUUAAGUGGUUACACAAUGAUACUGAGAUAACUGCCUACUCCACUGAAUAUAAAUACAUUAUCCCCGCCUUGCAGAGGUCUCAUGCUGGGUUUUAUCAAUGUGUGGUGCGGAACAGAAUGGGGGCCCUCAUGCAAAGGAAAUCAGAAGUUCAAGUGGCAUAUAUGGGAAAUUUCAUGGACACAGACCAAGGAAAAACAGUAUCGCAAGGACAAGCUGCAGUUCUAGAUUUCCUCCACAUCAUCAGCUAUCCCAGACCACAAGUGACUUGGUUUAGAGAUGGACACAAGAUUAUACCGAGUAGCAGAAUAGCUAUAACACUGGAGAAUCAGUUGGUGAUCCUUGCAGCAGAAGCAACAGAUGCAGGAGGUUACUAUGUCCAAGCAGUCAAUGAAAAAAAUGGAGAGAACAAGACAAGUCCAUUUCUUUAUCUGAGUGUAGCAAAUGCCAUCAACAUGUCUGACACCACAGCUCCUGUUAUUGUUGUGCCUCCACGCAACACCAGCGUGGUAGCAGGGAAUAAUGAAAUCACAUUGGAAUGUGUGGCCAAUGCAAGACCCAUUGAGAAACUAAGCAUAACUUGGAAGAGAAAUGGAUUAAAAAUAAGCAGUGGAGUUAACAGUUUUGGGAGGCGUCUCACUAUCACCAACCCAACCUCUGCUGACAUUGGAAUGUACUUCUGUGAGGCAGAGAUGAAAGAUGGCACUGCUGAGCCAGCAAGAGCAAAGGCCUUCCUCUCCAUAAUGGAGCCACCUUAUUUCACUGCUGAGCCGGAGACUCGAAUUUUGGCUGAGGUGGAGAAAACAGUGGAUCUCUUAUGCCAAGCAAUGGGAGUUCCUGUUCCCACUGUAACCUGGUAUAAGGAUUCUGUUCCUCUCAACAAGCUACAGAAUCCUCGUUACAAAGUCCUAAUGAAUGGGGGACUGCAAAUCCAGGGACUGCAUCCUGAUGACUCUGGAAUCUUUCAGUGUUUUGCCAGUAAUAAAGCUGGAGAGAUACAGACAUACACCUACCUGGAUGUAACCAAUAUUAAACCAACAUUUACACGACCUCCAAUGGACACUACUGUUACAGAAGGGAUGAGUGCAGUAUUAACUUGUGAGGUUACUGGGGCUCCAAAACCUGCCAUCACAUGGAAGAGAGGGAACCAGAUCUUAGCCAGUGGCUCUGUUCAGAUUCCCAGGUUCAUCCUCCUUGAGUCUGGUGGGCUCCAGGUUAUUCCCGUCUUCCCCCAGGAUGCUGGCAAUUAUACCUGCUAUGCAGUCAACUCUGAAGGAGCUCUGAAUGCUUUCGCUAUCCUGACUGUCUGGAAUCGCACUUUUAUUGUUCACCCUCCUGAAGACAGCAUUGUUAUUAAGGGAACCACAGCCACUCUGCAAUGUGAAGCAACUCAUGAUCCUAGAAUUUCAAUCAGGUAUGUUUGGAAGAAGGACAAUGUUGUAAUAAACCCAUCCGGCAGUUCCAGAGUUACAGUACAGAAAGAUGGUACCCUCCUUAUUAGCCAGACCUGGUCAGGUGACAUUGGAGACUACACCUGCGAAGUUAUUUCUUUUGGAGGAAAUGACUCUAGAAAAGCUCGAAUAGAAGUGAUUGAGCUGCCUCAUUCCCCUCAGAAUCUUCUGGCCACCCUGAAUUCCUCGUACAGCCGCAGCGUGAUUCUUUCCUGGGUGCGUCCCUUUGAUGGAAACAGCCCUGUUCUCUACUACAUAGUAGAGCUGUCUGAGAACAACUCUCCCUGGAAGGUACAUCUAUCAAAUGUUGACCCUAAGAAUACCAGUGUCACUGUGAGUGGAUUAACUCCAGCCCGUACCUACCAGUUUAGGAUAUGUGCUGUUAACCAAGUGGGCAAGGGUCAGUACAGCACUGAGACCAGCAGAUUGUUGUUACCUGAAGAACCUCCCAGCGCUCCUCCUAAAAACAUAGUAGCCAGUGGACGUACCAAUCAGUCUAUUAUGGUUCAGUGGCAGCCUCCUCCUGAAAGUGAACAUAAUGGGGUUCUCCAUGGAUACAUUCUCAGGUAUCGCCUUGCAGGCCUCCCUGGGGAAUACCACUACAAGAACAUCACCAGCGCAGAGAUUAACUACUGUUUGGUUAAAGACCUGAUCAUCUGGACUCAGUAUGAAAUCCAGGUGGCAUCUUAUAAUGGCGCUGGGUUGGGAGAAUUCAGCAGAGCAGUGACCGAGUACACGUUACAGGGAGUGCCCACAGCACCACCUCAGAAUGUACAAGCUGUAGCCGUGAACUCCACGACAAUCCAGUUCCUAUGGACUCCUCCACCACAGCAAUUUAUCAAUGGUAUCAAUCAGGGAUACAAGCUCCUGGCAUGGCCAGUGGCUGAACCAGAAUCUGUGACUGUGGUCACCAUUGCUCCUGAUUUUCAUGGAGUUCACAGUGGCUGCAUUACCAACUUGAAGAAAUUCACUGCUUAUUACACAUCAGUGCUUUGUUUCACUACCCCAGGGGAUGGACCACGAAGCCCACCACAGCUGUUGUGCACUCAUGAAGACAAGCCUGGAGCUGUGGGACACCUGAGUUUCACUGAGAUUCUGGACACCUCUCUCAAGGUCAGCUGGCAGGAACCUAUAGAGAAAAAUGGCAUAAUUACAGGCUACCAGAUCUCCUGGGAGGUGUACAACAGGAAUGAAUCUCGUCUGGCUCGCACUCUAGCCAACACAACCCUUGAAUACAAAAUCACUGGGCUGUCGUCUCUCACCACCUACACUAUUGAGGUGGCAGCAAUAACAGCAAAAGGGACUGGGGUGGUUACCUCCUCUACCAUUUCCUCUGGCGUGCCCCCAGAACUCCCUGGUGCCCCGUCUAAUCUGGUUAUUUCUAACAUCAGUCCUCGCUCUGCCACACUUCAGUUCCGGCCUGGGUAUGAUGGAAAAACGUCCAUCUCCAAGUGGAUAGUAGAGGGGCAGGUUGGCGUUCUAGGAGACGAGGAAGAAUGGGUGAGUCUGUAUGAGGUGGAGAAUGAACCUGAUGCCCAGAUGCUAGAGAUACCAAACCUCAUUCCAUACACUUAUUACAGAUUCCGCAUGAGACAGGCGAAUAUCGUGGGCCAAAGCCCACUCAGCCAACCAUCUCGAGUCAUCCAGACACUACAAGCUCCACCAGACAUUGCACCAGGGAGCCUUACUGUACGCACAGCCAGUGAGACUAGCUUGUGGAUCCGCUGGAUGCCUCUCCCUGACGCUCAAUAUAAUGGCAACCCGGAAUCAGUGGGUUACAGGAUAAAAUUGUGGCGAGUGGAUCUGCAGUCUCCAGUGCUCAUGAAGAUAAUCAAUGACCGACUGGAGCGGGAAUAUACUAUUGAGGAUCUGGAGGAGUGGGUAGAAUAUGAACUGCAGAUUCAGGCCUUCAAUGCCAUUGGAGCAGGACCAUGGAGCGAUGUGGUGAGAAGUUGCACACGGGAGUCUGUUCCUUCGGCUCCCCCUGAGAAUGUAUCAGCUGAAGCUGUAAGCUCCACCCAGAUCCUAUUGACAUGGACAUCAGUACCUGAAUCAGAGCAGAAUGGACUUAUCCUGGGCUACAAGAUUCUAUUUAAAGCAAAAGAUUUGGACUCUGAACCAAAAGCCCAAAUAGUGAGAGGUAACCACACCCAGUCUGUCCUGCUGGCCAGCUUGCGGAAAUAUGUGCUUUAUGAGAUUCAGGUCCUGGCGUUCACACGUAUUGGAGAUGGAGUCCCUAACUUCCCUCCAGUCAUAGAGAGAACCAAGGAUGAUGCCCCGGGACCACCUGUGAGGCUGGUGUUCCCUGAAGUGAGACUGACAUCAGUACGAAUUGUAUGGCAGCCACCAGAGGAACCCAAUGGAAUUAUUCUGGGAUAUCAAAUUGCAUACCGCCUGGCAACCAGCAGCCCUAACACGUUCACCACAGUGGAAGUUGGCUCAACGGUCAGGCAGUUCAUGGCUACUGAUCUCAGCCCUGAGUCUGCAUACAUCUUCCGGACAUCUGCCAAGACCAGACAGGGCUGGGGAGAGCCUCUGGAAGCCACAGUAAUCACUACAGAAAAGAGAGAGCGGCCAGCGCCUCCGAGAGAACUCAGGAUACCCCAAUCUGAGGUGUCUUCAAAGAGCUUGCAACUACACUGGAUUCCUGGUAGUGAUGGGUCUUCACCAAUACGAUACUUCACCGUGCAACUGAGGGAGCUACCAAAUGGAGAAUGGCAAACAUAUUCCUCUUCUGUCAAUCACGAGACAACAUCCUGUGUUAUUGAGAGGCUGAACCCAUUUACCUCUUAUAAGCUGCGUUUGAAAGCAACCAAUGAUAUUGGUGAUAGUGACUUCAGUGCUGAGACAGAAGCUGUCACUACUCUGCAGGAUGUUCCAGGUGAACCACCACGUUCUGUGUCAGUAACUCCCCACACUACCUCCUCAGUCCUCGUUCAAUGGCAGCCACCAAAGGUUGAGAGUCUGAACGGUUUGCUGUUGGGAUAUCGGAUUUAUUAUCGGGAGCUAGAGUAUGAAACUGGGCCUGGAACAGAGUCCAAAACCAUUAAAAGUCCUUCAGCUUUACGAACAGAGCUUACACCCCAAAGCAGCUUCCAGACAGUGAAUAGCCCCUCUGCAUUAACGACGUAUGAAUUAACACAACUGAAGAAAUAUAAGAGAUAUGAAGUUGUAAUAACAGCGUAUAACAUCAUUGGGGAGAGCCCUACCAGCACACCCGUGGAAGUCUUUGUUGGUGAAGCAGCUCCAGCAAUGGCCCCACAGAACAUCCAAAUAAACGCCCUUACUGCAAGCCAGUUAGAGAUCACGUGGGACCCACCUCCUAUCGACAGCCAGAAUGGGAACAUACAAGGCUACAAGAUUUAUUAUUGGGAUGUGGACAGCCAGAAUGACACUGAGAAAGUGAAAGUUCUUUUCCUCCCAGAGACAACAGUUCGGCUGAAAAAUCUGACCAGUCACACCAAAUACAUGGUCUGCAUAUCUGCCUUCAAUGCAGCAGGGGACGGACCAAGAAGCAGCCCCAGGCAGGGCAGGACACAUCAGGCUGCUCCCAGUGCUCCCAGCUUCUUGGCAUUCUCAGAAAUCACUUGCACUAUGCUCAAUGUUUCUUGGGGAGAGCCGACAGCAGCAAAUGGAAUCCUGCAGGGUUACCGAGUGGUAUAUGAGCCUUUGGCCCCAGUCCAAGGGGUGAGUAAGGUGGUGACUGUGGACAUAAAAGGAAAUUGGCAACGCUGGUUAAAGGUCCGAGAUCUCACCAAGGGGGUGACCUACUUAUUCAGAGUGCAAGCCAGAACCAUCACCUAUGGACCUGAGCUACAAGCCAACAUCACAGCUGGGCCAGCAGAGGGGUCUCCCGGCUCCCCUCAGGAAAUUCUGGUUACAAAAUCUGCUUCUGGGCUGACUCUGCAUUGGACUGAGGGUGAUUCAGGGAACAAACCCACGACUGGCUACAUCAUAGAGGCACGGCCAUCAGAUGAAGGAUUGUGGGAUAUGUUUGUGAAGGACAUCCCCCGCAGUGCUACCUCCUACACAGUCAGUCUGGACAAGCUAAAACAGGGGGUGAGCUAUGAAUUCCGAGUGGUAGCUGUAAAUGAGUUGGGCUAUGGAGAACCAAGCACCCCAUCUGCAGCGGUGUCAGCACAAAUGGAAACCCCUUUCUAUGAAGAGUGGUGGUUCCUGCUAGUGAUGGCUCUGUCCAGUCUCAUCCUCAUCCUGUUAGUGGUGUUUGCUUUGGUCCUACAUGGCCAGAGCAAGAAAUACAAGAACUGCAGCACAGGUAAAAACAUCUCGAAUGUGGAAGAGUCAGUCACAUUGGAUAAUGGAGGCUUUGCGGCCCUGGAACUGAACAGCCGACACCUCAAUGUCAAGAACACUUUCUCCAAGAAGAAUGGGACAAGGUCCCCUCCUCGCCCAAGCCCAGGUGGGUUGCGCUACUCAGAUGAGGAUAUCUGCAGCAAGUACAAUGGAGCGGUGCUGACUGAAAGUGUGGCCCUGAAUGAGAAACCUAUGGAAGUGUCAGAAUCAGAGGCCACUGACUCAGAUUACGAAGAUGAGUUGCCAAAGCACUCUUUUGUGAACCAUUAUAUGAGUGACCCCACAUACUACAAUUCUUGGAAGCGUCAGCAGAAGGGUGUGAAGCCCCCAACGUCCUACAGGUACGAAGAGUGUGCAGCGAGUGAGACAGAACCCUAUUUCCAGACUGUCAUUACAACGCAGAGCACAGGAGGGGUGUACACCCCAACAGGACAGCCUGCGCCCAGCUCACGGACUCCAGUGACAGGGUUCUCCUCCUUUGUCUGACACUGGGAGGGACGUGACAGCACAGCCGAAACUCCUGUGGAGACGAGAAUGACCUUUCACAGUGACUGUGUGUGUGAUCGGUGCAGUGAACUGUGGGUAAAUUUCUCUAUCAGGGUAGAACAGAGGUGAACAUGAAUUUGAGUCUAUUUUUCUGAAGACAAUCAACUCGUAAAACACAGAGCUGAACUAGCUAAACUUUUGUUUUAAAAAAAAUUCUGAAAAGUUACAGUUUUAACCACUUGUGAAUAGUAGGGGUUUUUAACACUUUUGUAACACUGCUGCAGGAAGCAGCUCCCAUAUUCUUCUUCUUUCCUCUUUCCAACUAGAGAGGGUGACUUUGUGAUGUAAUUUGAGGAGAGAAAACACAGAAAACCUCCCAAGCUCUUCCCCUCCCCUUCAUCAGGAUCAAGUAGGAAUAUUUAAAGAAGGGGGCAAAAGAUUUUUCAUGGAAAAACUACAACAUUGUUUCCCUUGGUCCUAAUCAACAUUCUGCUUCCACCUUAGAAACACCAGCUAAGUAGUUUACUGUGUUAUCACUUCUCCUGCCCUGUAGAUUCCCUAAGGGUGUUUCUGAUAAUGAAUAUCUUACCUGCUUUUCUAUCCUGCUCAAACAGGGUCUUUGAAUUCCUAAAAUAGUCCCACUCCUGGGCUUCUUUAAGAGGGGCCAACUUGAAAGCAAUGUAGAUGGUACUGGGCGAAGCAGCUGGAAGAAUCUGAUGUGGUAUCAGACUGUUGUUGGUAUGACUCUAACCCUCUUUUGGUAGACUGCAUGUGCCAUUCAGUUGCACGUUUGGAAGGAAAAAUAAUAGCAAGAUGAGGAAAAAUUGAAUGAAUGUGACAGUUACAAACUGGGAAAGUAGCUAAUUGAUUAAUUGGUUUUCAGUCAUCGGUGUUGUCCUUACUUGUUGAUAGAAGCCAAGAAAUUUCCUCCCCACCAUGCCACUCUGACUUGAUUCCGCAGCACUGCUCACUGCUCUGUAAAAAGUACGUAUUGUUAGCUGGUUCUGUUUGAUUUUUCUUUGAUGCUUUAACACAAAGACACAUCACAUGAAGGGGGUAAGUUUUGGUGUCCAUGGGUGCCUUUUAUUGAUUGUUGCAGCUUUGUACAUGACAGAAGCAACAAAGUGUCUCCAAAUAAAGAUAAACGGGUUUUCAAAUGUUAGGGUUGCAAAUUACCUCAUGCACAUUUACAGGCUCGCUCUGUGCACCAAACCACCAGCUUUUAGAAGUGAGAGUUCUUUUGUUUGUUUUGUUUUAUAUCCACUUUGUACUGCCCCAUUUUUGACCCCCCUCAGAACUGCGGGCUUUUGCCCAAGUCUGUUGAGUUGAUCCGCAUUUCAGGGGGAAGCGGUCAGUGGUUUAAAGAAUCCCAGUCCAGCUUUUGGACUUAGCAACAGUCCUGUGACACCAUUUUUCCAUGAGGUGUUUGAAAAAAUUAUUGUGAAGUAAUCAUGUGCUUGGUAUUGCUGCCAUCUGGCAGUUCCUUCCAGAUGUGUUUGGGGAACAGCCAUGAGAAAUUGGCACUGAUGCAACUUAUUAAGGCUUUUUGGGAUUGGUCUGGAACAGUCUUGGCAUUGUUGUUGUUGCUCUUCGUCCACAUCCUCUCAGCGGAGGUGUGAAACAGCUUUGGCAUUGUCACUGCUGCUCCCUGCCAAUGGCCUUUAGGGCAGGUUUGAUACAGUCAUUGUGUUAUGACUGCUGUUAUCUGCCAGUGCCUCUUCAGGGCAGAUGAGGAACUGAUUGGACAUUGGCACUACUUCUGGACAGGAGUAGUACGAGCACAACCUCCGCACAGCUGUUACCUUUCAGUGCCUGCUCAGAGCAGGUGACUUUAGUACGGCUUUAUGCUUCAGUACUGCUUCCGGGCAUUGCAAUGCUAGGUGUGUACUUUGUGCAGACUUGAUAUUGGACUUAUGUUCCUUUCCAAACCCUCUGGAAAAGAAAGCGAUUCCAAACCAAAAACUUUAGAGAGUGCGUUCAAUGGUUUUGACGUUGAGAGAACUAUCCACAGCUCUUGGGAUGGAAAGUAUCUUAGAGAUGCAUGCUUGACUCAUAGCCCUGUGAGGAAAGGAGCAUACCUCGCUUACAGUAAAGCCUGUGUACGGAGCUUCACAGGGGACAAUUGGAACAUACCGUGAAGGUGAAUGUAGAAAUGGAGACCGUGAAUGAAAUGACUGCCUUUCAGUGCACUUUGCUCUCUUAAGCCAUAAGGACAUUGCUUUAAGUACUUAACUACAAAGAAUUUGUUUGAAAUCUAUUAUUUGAAUUUUUAUUUUGUUGGGAGAAAUUACACGAGUGAAGUUUUUGGUUUGAUUUUUUUUCUAAUAGCCUCAUUAUUUCCUGUGAUUUGAUUUUUUUUAACUUUAUUAUUUCCUGUGUCUGAGUGUAUUUUUAGAUUUGGUUUGCUUUGUGAUUUUUUUUUUUUUUUGUACAGAAUCAUUUCUAUAAUGUAGCCGUCCUGGCAGUGAGAUUGUGGAUGGAAUUUUAGUAACUGCACUGAGCCAGUAACUUUGAAUGAUGAUGUUACUGUAAGCAUAUUUCAGGGCCCUUUCUGAUAAGAUAUGUGGAAUGGAAGGGCUUAGUUCCAAACCUGGAAAGGCUUAUGUCCAGAGUCAGGCUUGAUUGAAGAAGGUGCACCUCCAAUGAUAACAACUCCAGGUCUGAAUAUAGCACAUGAUCGAGCACUUCCUGGAAUGGUGCUAUCCCCACAUUGUUUUGUGUCCUGAAUUCCUUUUUCACUGAGCAAACAGCAAGGGUACAUCUACACAGCAACAUUAUUUUGAAAUAACUAGCAUCAUUACAGAAUAAAUUUUUCCCCAAUCUACACAGCAGACAGUUAUUUCAGAA